UAACAGAGGGGCGGGGCAUGGGCGUUUUCCCGACACGUUAUUGGCUGUUUCUCCUGUAAACGUCAUGACGGACGCCUCGGAGAAACGCAUGAAACUCGGAGCUGAUGAGACGGAGUAAAGUUUUCUGCGGAGUGAAACGAUGGCAAAGAGUCAACAGGCGAAUCCGGACCUCAAAGAGGUCCUAAACCAACUCUGGUCCCUGGACUCCAACCGCCUAAAACCAGGGACUGAUUACAAAAUUUCUCUUCAGGGGAAAGCAGGAUUUGUGGCUCCAGGCAGCAACUCUGCCAGUGACAAAGCCAGUGCUCCACUCUUCACAUAUGUCAACGAAGACAAACUCAAAAGCAUCAGGACAUUUGCAUAUUUCGUCAGCUUGCUGGACAACUAUGAAAUGUCCACAGGUGUGUCAGAGAUGGUUACUUCAGAGGAGCUUAAAGAGAACAAGCUGUUUAUCGACGCCAUAAUGGAGACAGGCGUCAUGAAGUGUGCCCACAAGUACCUGGCGAAGACUGGGAAAUCGCCAUCAGAUCCUACACAAUUCAAGAAACAGCUGUAUGACAUCUGGUUCAAGCUUUAUCAUCGGGACAGGAGUGGAGGAGAGGAUUCCUGUGGAUUUGAACAUGUGUUUGUUGGAGAAACCAAGUUUGGCAAAGAGAUCAUGGGUCUUCACAACUGGAUCAACUUCUACCAGCAGGAAAAGCUGGGCAACGUUGACUACAAAGGCUACAAAGCAAGAGACAAAAAAGACACGCCUGAUGAAGACGACCACGUCCUGAGCCUGCAGUUCAGCUGGAAGGGUUUGGUGAAACCUGUUGGGAGCUCCUUCAUCGGCGUGAGUCCAGAAUUUGAGGUCGCUGUCUUCACCAUCAUCUUCCUCAUGUCCACUGAAAAGAUGACGUCAGUUGUGGUUAAAAUUGACGAGUACUUGCUGGAGCUGGUUGUGUAUCGGCAUGGGAGAUCCAUCGGCACGUCCUACCCCAAGCUGCUCAGCAGCAACAACAGGGAUUUUUAAUGUUGCAUCAUCUGAGCUGUCAGAAAAACCUAAGAAAUAAUGACUCGUAUGGAGUACAGUAUUGAAUUUUAUUUAGCCUACAUGGUUAUCUUUUUUUAUUCUCUAUACUGUUAUAAAAUAGGUCCAUUGUCUUCUGGGAUUUCUUGAAUAGUUUUUCAGCAGUCAAAAAUAUAUCACAUGAUGCUGAGCAGGCAAAAUAUAAAUUGCUUCAUUGCUUACACUGCAAUCUCAUGUCAGUUACACAUUUUCAUAUAUUGUAUAUCCUGUUCUCAUUUACUCACAAAUACUUACUAAUGUACUUUGCUAUAUUUUUUUACCUUUUGGAAGUUCUUACGGUUUGCUAUACAUUUAGUAGUACACCUUAAAAAAAAAACAAGGUCAUAAUAAAUGUUUUGUUCUUCCACUGUU